AUGGAAAAGGUAGAGGAGUUGAUGGUGUACUCGUGGACACUGGAGGAGUACCUGGAGGCCAUUAAGUACGAAAUAUUCUACAAGAGUGUGGCUGGUGUAAUGGAAUGGAGCUUGGAUGCGGAAGAAGGCUCGGAGGAGACAAGGUCGAGAGAUGUCGAGUCAAAGUAUCAGAUUGUUGGAGGCUCAUGUCGCCAUAUGUUCGAAUGUACGACAGAUCAAGCUAUCCAAGAUCUCUGUGCAGCGAUGAACUCUGUCUCUAAUUACGAGACGCUCUUUGAAAUGAACGCGGGCGACCGUUCAAAGCGGUUUGUCAAUCGGCUGCAUGGGAAGUAUCGAAUCGGAAACCAGGUGUACUGGACUUUUAUCAGUAGGUUUGUUGCCAGGGAGCUAGCAGAGAAGCUCGGAGAAUCGUUUGUGAGGAAGAUUGAGCAGCUCCCUGACAUGACUAGGAAUCCGUCUCUUCGGGGGAUUUUGUUUGAGAUGCUGUUCUUUGCUCGGAUAGGACGAGAGCCAGGGCUGGAGGUCACCCUCAGGUCAGAGAAUCAAGCCGAGUCAGAGAAGCACGACGAAUGGCAAAGGUGUGGCGUAAUACCUCUUGAAGGAAGGGAAGUCGAGAAGGCUCUGAAGCAAGGGGCAGCAAGGUUGUGCCUGAAGCCGUUGAAAUGGAAUCAGGGGGGCUGUGAUGCAGUGAUUGUGGACUCGAAUGACAAGUUGGUGCGCUUCAUACAGGCAACGAUUGCAGAGACCCAUGACCUUAAAUUGCGGUUCAUGUAUGAUUGUCUGCAAUCUUUGGGCAUUGAGCAAGGGGGGACUUGGAAGGUGGAGGUUGUGUUUGUCGUUCCAAAGGAGAAUCUCUACAAGUUCAGAGUGAAUCAUGUGGAAGACGAUUUUAUACUUACACCGUACGGGUGGACACGCGACGCUCAAGUAGUUGCAAUGAACUCCGGACUGCAAGGAUAG